CAAUAUUUUUUCUAGAUUUCCUGAUAAUUAAAUGAUUGUCUGAAUAUCUUUCACAUCAACAGUGCUAAAGUGUUACUAGUAUUUGCCAUCUGUUAUUAGUAUUUUCCUAAAAUGGCUGCAAAUCAAGGCCCUAGUAUGCCUGCCUCGGCGCCUGAAGAUCUUCCUCCGCCGUAUGCCUCCGUGGUUGGGAACCAGCAGUACUACGGCUUCGUGCCGCCGGGCGGGCCCGCCACGGUGACGGAGCCGGGCAUGUACCCGCACCAGAAGUUCUACACGCCGCCGGGGGUGUACCCGCACCCUCCGGCCUCGGUGACCAUGAUGCAGCCACAGUCGAGCGCUGCGCCGCCGCCGCCGCCGGGCGCUGUGGCCGUCGUGGUCUCGCAGCCCGUCGGCAACGAGCCCGCCACCGUCACCUGCUUCAACUGCAACAAGGUGGUCACCACGCGCGUCACCUACACCACUGCCUGGCACACACAUCUCGUUGCCGGAUCUGUCUGUGUCGUCACCAUGGUAUGCUCUCUGUGCUGCCUGGGGCUCGUGCCGUACUGCUUUGACACAUUCAAGGAUGCCGAGCACUACUGCCCCAACUGCAACACCUUCAUUGGAAAAAACAACAAGUGCUAAACCACUUCCAGUGAAAUUCACAGCAAAACUGGUUACCAUCAGGCCAUGAUUUAAAAUAAUAUUCAACAGAGAACUUCCAUUUUCUUCUUAUGUGUAUUACGUCUUGAUAUUUCAAACAAUUUCUAGUAAGUAAUGCAUGAGUCACUCCUUCACAGAGACAUUUCAUAACAUCACGGAGUGCACUUGCACUUAUUGAUAAUUCUGUUGUUAGCGUUGUAUCAUCCAGUGAUUCACUCCACAUGCAAGUAUCCAUGUUAUCAUCAAAACAAGUUCAUAAUGGGUUUACUGGAACAGUUGUAUUUUUCAUAAAAUUCCUACAAUAUUUUAUUAUAUUUAGGUACAUUCCAUCAUUUUCUAUAGUAUUAAAGUUUUGUUCACUAUUAUAUUUUAGACAAUAUGACUAUGAAAUCUAUAAAGUAUCCAGCCAAGUUGAGUUGGUGCUGCCAGAAGUGAAGCUAAACAAAGUGAUAAAUUGGCCUUAAUUAGACAAUUGUUGUACAAAUUUAAUAUAACAAAUUGUGUAUUAGUAUUGUCUGAUUCACUAAUGUGGAUGUGCUUAUAUUUCUUCCUAUUUUGUUUUAUUUUGAUGUGGUUUUUUAGUUUUACUUUAUUUAGCAGCUUUAUGUUAGUGAAAUAAUUGUAAGAUUGUAUCUUUCCUUAUACCUAUUUUAUUGUGAUAUAUGUACCGUUUAAUAAAAUGUAAAUAAAUGCUUUAUAAAAAAUAAAA